ACCUAGAGGAGAAUUAUUUUUUGUUUGUUGUGACUUCAAGCACAACAGGAGUUUCCUGGCAACAGGUGAUCCAAAAGGUUACAGACAAUGGAGGUGGAGAAGGACAUAAAAGACUCUCUUCACAAGUGUGGAAUCAGGAGGGAUGUUGAUGUUGGCCGACUCAAUCUCGCCUCAAAAAAACUCACGGGCGUCCCUGACUUAUCCAGAUUUCACUUUCUGAGGGAGUUGAGGCUGAAUAACAACAAGAUCAGAGAUCUCAGCUGUCGUUCUCUCAACUGCUGCCUGACUGAACUUUACCUCCACAACAACAACAUCAAGUCCAUUUCUGGAACCCUGAAUCAUCUGACGUGCCUCCGGCUUCUUUUCCUCCACAACAACCAGAUCAGGGGCCUGGAGGACACGAUGCACGAGCUCCGGAGGAUGCAGCAGCUCCAAACUGCAACUUUUUUCCUCAAUCCCAUCUCCCAUGAACCAGGCUAUCGACACCAUGUGAUCCACUGCUUGCCUUCUAUCCAGGUUCUAGACAGAAAAGAAGUGAAGUCGGCAGAGAGAAGGAGGUCGUUCCAGAUGUACAACCAGGAGCGUCACCACGUCCUCCAGUCUGUGGCCUUCGGCAGACGGGCACCGUAGUCCACUUAAGCUGACAGGAUGUUUGUUAUUAUCUUGGCGAAUAUUUCUGUCAUUGCACAGUGAAAACGAGUGGUCUACUCAGAAUGUUUUAUGACUGUCACUCUCAACACAUUGCAGUACAUUUUAUGGUCCUGCUCAUAAAGAGGAAUUCCACAUUACCUUAAUUUCAGCUGGUGUUACAAUCCUCCAUAAACUAUGGUCCCCAUUAAGAAUUUGCCUGAUAAUUGUCACAUUUUUAAGAUUUCUUCAGUACCAAACUAAUGCUGUGAUAUUUGCCUGAACAUUCAAGGGUGCACUGCAAACAGCAACUACUUACAGCAACUUUGGCACACUUUACUGGCACCGUUUUUCCAAGAUGGACCUCACAGCUCACUCAACCUGCCAGUGUGCCUCACAGGAUGCUGUAAUUACACAGUUUGGCCACUAGGUCAUGUUGUCUUCAAAGCCCAGUGCUCUUCCUGGGGGCUUGUUCAUAUCAGUUGAAUUUUCAUCAGCAGCAGUGACACCAAUUCCCAUGAUGCCACACUACUUCAGACUACGACUCAUGUUUUGAUUG